AUGGGAUGUGAUGGUCUUCACAAAUUCUUGAGUGACCUUCCAGUGGAAUGUUGGUCCAAUGCAUAUUGUCUGGGUUGUCGUUAUGGAGACAUGUGUUCAAACAUUGCAGAGUCGUUUAACUCUUGGAUUAAGGAAGCAAAAGGUAUGCCUAUUGCAACACUUGUCAACUGGAUUAGACUUAAAAUUAUGGAUCAGAUGAGUAAAAGGAAGUUGAAGGGGGCGACGUAUAAAGGAUUCAUUUGUCCCAGGCUAGAGAAAAAAGUGAUGGCUUCCAUUCGUUCUGGUGUCCAGUGGAGAAUAACCAAGUCUGGUGACAUGGAGUGGGAAUUUUUCGAUGGAACGCACACGCAUGUUGUUAAUAUUGCGAAGUUUCAAUGCAGCUGCAAGGUUUGGUUUAAUGAGCAGUUCCCUUGUGAACACGCUAUUGCGUGUAUGCAUUCAAAUAAGAUCAAUGUUUACGAGUACAUUAAUCCGUAUUUCAGGAUUGCUAGCUUCCGUACUUCGUAUGAUCGUCCUAUCAAGCCCAUUCCCGAUUACGACAAGCCUAUUGAUGUUGCUACUGGAGAUCUCGUGAACCCACCAACUGUCCUAGGAAAAAAAGCUGGUACGCCGAAGAAGAAGCGGAUUCCUAACAUUGGUAGCGCAAGUUUCAAGAGACCAAUUACGUGCAGUAACUGCCAUACUCAGGCACAUCAUAACAAGACGACGUGUCCUCAUCCUCCUGCGAAAAAGCAAUGUUAA